UAUUACUGAAGACUGAAGACUGAGUCUUGGCGAAAUUUCAAUUUGCUCGUUACCACAGAUAUAUAAUUCAUCCUUUGGAUGAAGUGUUAUGUGGAAAAUAAAAGAUAUUAUUCUAUUUCCUAUUUUCGGGGUUCAUCUUAUUAUCAGUGGACUGAGAAAUGAUCGCUUUUCUACAAUGUGUCACCAUGGUAUGAUAAAUCACUCCGAAGUUGUAACUCAUGUGAUGUCUUCUAAUGUGCAAAAACUUAUUCGUCGCAAUGCGCAAACGGAAUUAAGAAUUCAUACGCAUUAUGAUAGGUCAAUUAAAUCUCUCAAAAAUUUCCAGGAUAUUAAGAAAAAUAUAAUUGAAGUAGCAAUUAAUUUUUGGGAAGAUGCUCUACUGUUACGUCAGUCUCAUGCCAUGCCCAGUAGACUGACACUUGACAGAGUUUGUGUUGAUGGUGCUACAAAGCUGAUGACUUUUGAUAAUAAACUCUUGACAUUUUGUACCGAUGGUUGUGUGGAAUGGACGAAAUGUGGACCUAUAAACGUUCCAGUGUCACAUUUAAAUUGUAGGUUUAUCUACAAUGGAACCCCAAUGAUUUCAGGUCACAAGGGAGAAGGUAUAUACCGUGCCAACUUCAUACUCUAUAUUUCAUCGCUUAGAACACACAGGUGUAAUACUGCUAAAGUCCUGGGUUACGCUGCACACUGCCAACUUGAGGCUAAUACUGAUCGUCCUAUGGCUGGCUACAUCAAUUUCUGUCCUGAUACACUAAGUAAUGAAUAUAGCGAUAAAACGCGUUCACUGUUUGUUGCUACGCAUGAAAUAUUACAUUCACUAGGAUUCUCUACAAGUUUGUUUGCAUUCUACAGAGAUAAGCAAAAUCGACCAUUAACACCACGUGAUCCAAUAACAUUUAAACCUGCGCUAGGCUGGUAUUCAGGAAAGAAUGGUCAAGUAUACCAAUGGAGUGACAACGUGGUUCGAACGGUUAAUCGUACUUGGUUAAGUGCUUUUGGAACUUUUCAAAAAUUAGCGCACAUUGUGGUUUUACCGACUGUUGUACGUAUCGCUAGAUCAUUCUACAACUGUCCAAGUCUUGAUGGUGUCGAGUUAGAAGAUGAGGACGGUGCAGGAGUGUACUUAACACAUUGGGAGAAACGCCUUUUAGAGAAUGAUUUGAUGACGGCAACAUACACAAAUUCCUUUCAAAUUUCACCGAUUACUCUGGCAAUGAUGGAGGAUACCGGCUGGUACAUCUCAAACUAUGCAUUAUCUCAGUCUUUCAGUUGGGGUAGAGGUCGAGGAUGUACCUUUGCUACUGCCAGUUGUUUAGAAUACAUGCUAGAACAAAGUCGUGGUGGUCAUCCAAUUACACCAUUUUGUCAACAGUUAACUUCAAGUUUUCACAAUAAAAAUAAUGGAUUACAGGUUAGCUGUACACCUGGUAAAGAAAGUUAUGGAUUCUGUAAUCUAAUUGAAUAUUCUAAACCGUUGCCUUCUGAAUAUGUUUAUUUCGUUAACACAAAUUUCCCGACUGUUACGUUGAAUUCUGAAAUCAAUCUAGGUACUGGAAACUUAACUAAUCAAUAUCCUUUGGUUAAAUUAGGAGGGAAAAUAGCUUUGGCUAAUUACUGUCCAUAUCAUCAGGAAAUUGAAUGGGAAGAUGAUGUAGGAAAAUCAAUUGCUAAUACUCAUUGUCAUGUAUCAACUAAUCUAAAAGAUCCACAUCACAAUUUUAAACUUGAACGAUUUGGUAUGAAUUCUGUUUGUGUAGAGCAUAGUCCCAACUGGCAUUUAAUAAAUGGUGAUUCAUUAUUUGUUCCACCAGUGGAAGGAGCUGGAUGUUACACAGUAUGAUUUGAACAACUUUUUCAAUGAUUAUAUCGAUAGUGCUUAAUCUUCUGAACACUGUAGAACAGCAGAAGACUUCGUUUUCAGUUUUACCCUCAUUCAUUCAAUAUAUUAAAUCAUUUUGUAACUAUUCAUUAUUGAAGUGAAGUGCAUUUCUGCACAUUUAUUUGUUUGAUAUAUCUUACUGCAAUAUUAUGAUAAUCAUUUUCCUAUUUUAUCUGAUGAGUCACACUGGUGAGGAGUAUGUCUAAAAUGUUGUAAAACGUCAUACAUUUUUCGUAAUCUAUGGAUUUUCUAGCUAAUUAGAAUGAUACGUUUUCCAUAUUCUAUAAAAGUAUUCAUGUGAAGCCUAAUAAUUAUUCUCUACCAAAAGUAUUGGUUGCCAUUAAGAAUGUAUUAUAAAUAUACAUAUCCAUAUCUUCUUCGAAAUCUAACGUAAAUAUAAUUUAUUUAAACUGUUCACAGAGUUAGUAUGAAAACGGAACACUGAAAUCGUUCUGAGAUCACUCCAUACUAAUUCUUUCUUGUUUAAUCACUUCGAUCUUAUUUAUAGGCUUUCAUAAUUCUUAUUUAGAUUACUCUUUGUCCGUCAUAUUUUACAUUAAGUUGUAUUCUUAUUUAGACAGUAUUUUUGAUUAAUUUUUCUAUUUCUGAGAACAAUGACCACUUUUUUAUCGUAUCUAUGAUUAAUAAGAUUCCAAUUUUGUUUAGUUUUUAUCUAAAUUACUAGACAAUUUUCAGCUUUUAAUGCAAACAGUUAUAUAUCAACUAAUGACAGUUGUGGAGUUAUUUCAAGCUCAAGGAUACAGUAAACUUUCUCACCGUAUUCUAGAACUGCUAAGCACUCAUAAUAAUCUCAUAGAAGUUAAUUAUGGUCAGUUUGUUGAUAAGCUGAAGACCAUUAAAAGUAGUGGUUAAUAAAUGUAGGAGAGAAUGUGUAUGUGUUUGGUUAGUAGAUUUUUAUAAUUUAUUAGUAAGUUUGAAAAAGUUAUAACCAUAGUAAUUCUUUCAAAAAUAUUUUUAUAGUUUACGGAUACAUGUUGCCUUCUUUUGAAUAUUUAAGUAUAUAUCCUAAAUGAAGACUCACGAACACUUUUAAAACCGGAGUUCUUUAUUAUCUAUCUUACAAACGUUAUCAUCAGUUAUUCGUAUAAUUUUUCUCGAAAAAUUUCAGUUCCGAUGUUCAAUGACUGAAGGUGGUUUGAUCUUAGAACUUGCUGGAGGUAUGUCGAUUCCUUGUGAAGUGCCAGGAGAAAUUGGUGAAAUUAACGCUUGUUUAACAAAACAAAGUCUUACUGUGAAAGGAAAACUUGUAUGUCCUGAUUGCAGAUUACUGUGUCCAUUAUCAGAGUGUCCGAAAAUCUAUUCUAUUCCACAAAACAACGUAACAUAUCUCAGAUCAAACUACUCCGACGACCAUUCAUCUUCGUUUUUGUAUGAAACCAAUAUGUUUAUACCUAAAUCACAUACUAUACAGUAUUCUCAGUUAAUUGUUAAUGAAACUGAGUCUAUUGAUGAAAAUCCAUUGUAUAUUGUUAAAAAUUCUAAAAAGACUAAAGGAAUUGUAAUACAGCAAGCUAUUUUACCUGGUGCAUGUUUGGUCAAUAUCGCUUACUCAUCUGCUUCCUUAACUUUUCUAAUUUCCAUAUACUUUGUAGUGUUUUUUCAAUUAUUCUGUUUAUAAAAUGCCUUAUUCUUUAUACACACACAAAAAUGUUUCCUAUCAGUCGGAAUUCAUACUUCAUUUUGUUAUGCUUAUGAUGUUUGCUUUUUUUUAACAUGACAAGAUCCUAACUGACAUUUUUUCCAAAUAAAAUGAGUAAAAA